AGUCUUCUGUGUCUAACAACACUAGGCCUUGCAAAAGAUGGACAACACCAUUUGGCAUUGCAAGCUCUCUUAUGUCUAGAGCAACUGUGUGUUUUCUUAAGGAACAGACUGAACUUCCAUAGAGAUCCAAGUUUUGUCUCAAGUGAUACAGGUACCAUUUCCCAGAAUUCGUCAAUGUCAUAUUGCCAAGAUGCCCGAAGAUUUCCUCAUUCGCAGAAUCCAUCUCCUGGAAGCAGCAGCCCUCGACCUUCUGUAAUAGGACGUAUAGGCCAGCGUCCAAGGGGUGAUGGUCAGGAUUGGGAUGCAGAAUCUUCCAAUGGAGGCAGUGCUCACGGUAAUGUAACUUCUAGAAUAUCCAAUCCAUCACCUUUGGAUAUGGGUCAUGUUGACCUGCCAGAACUGGAAAAUGUGGACACUUUGGAGUUACAGUUUCAACAAUUUAGUCUUCCUCAGUUCUGUGUAGCCAUUUUGGAACAUGUGAUACCUCUUCUUAAAACAGGUAGUAGGAGAAUAACCAUAAAAGUGUUGGAAUUGGUUGCCGAAGACCUGCUACUUAUUGUUGAUGCUGUGUCUGAAGAUGUUUGGGAAGACGAAAGUCUCUUUGGUCAAGAAUUUAAAGAAAAACUGACUGGAGUCCUAGAUGCAUUAGGUGAAAUCAUUACCUAUCACAAAAUUAACACUAGCUCAGAAAAACCUGAGCUUGCAGUAGUGCACCACAGGAUGGCAUUUGUUAGCGUUUCGCUUUUCACAGUUCGACUUCUGCAAGUAUUGCUACCUGUAGAGAAGGCCACUAGUGUUUUACCAGAGACUUUAGUGACAGCUUUGUUCGUCCUUUCUGUGGACAUGCCAUUUUCCUUAGAAUAUCCAAAUAUACAUGAGUCAGUCAUCGCUUAUUUGGAACAAAUGAAUUCAGAAAACUACAGUAUUUAUAAACAAGCUGCAGAAGCUGCCCAUUCAAUGGAAUGUGCUUGUAAUUUUAUGCUGGAUGUUCGCAAAAAGGGAGAAAAAAAUCUUCUUGAUUUACUUGAACUGGCGGAACAAGCCAUGAAAAGUCUUCCAUUUCACCAUUAUUUUGUUCUACUUAAGGAAUACCUCAACAUUUGCUCAGAUAUGGCUGAUACUGUUUCCUGUGAUCCUUGUACCAUUUCCCACUUCACCUUGCCUGUUGCUGUUGUAAGGAGGUAUCAUCUACCUAUUAAAGUCUCUGCAUAUCAUGCUGUCAGUCCUAACUCGGUGGUGUUACCCUUUUCUUGUGAAUUCUGGGCCUCGAAACACGUGUCAGAUAUGCUAAAAAUGGCUUGGAACUUGUCUUGGUUCCAUGGAGCAGAUAAUUUAGUUGCGAUUGCCAGUUAUGAGACAGCAGCAGAACAAUUUUCCAGCACUUUAAAGCUCUCCUCAGAAGAUAUUAUUAUCCUUAAGUUAACAUGUGCAACCUUCGGUCUACAGGAUUGUCUUAAUGCCAUCACUCAAGCAGCAUCUCACGGGGAAGUUAGAGCUGCUGUCACAAAAAUGAAUUUUUAUAUUUUGAACGAUAGGCUGGCAUUAAUGUGCAGUGGUAGUCCUUGUGGAGCCACUUUCAAGUCCUUGGCUUGGCAAACAGCAUUAAGCAGGUUUCUUCAAGUGCUUCCAGCAUCUUCAGAGGAUGAAAAACUUUUGGCUGAUGUCAUAUGUUUUUUAAACAAGUUUAUAAAGGAACAGAAGAAUAUUUCAGAGUUUGAACACCUAAAAUGGAUCCUGGACGUGGUCCUGAAGCAUAAUCCAAAAUCUCUAUUAGAUCUUGUGGUACCGCCAGAAUCUCCAGUCCAAGAUGAAGCUGAUGAGCUAAAGACAGCUGUAAGACAACAAUUGCAGAAAGAAUUGAUUGCUUUCUUUAACACACUUCUACUCAGGUUCAUGUCUGUUACUGACAGAAAAGAUUUGGAACUUACUGGCUAUUUCCGAACAGAACUAGCCUUGAAGCUUCUGCAGUAUUUGCGAGUAACAGAUGCCCCUCAUUUCUAUGGAUUACCUUUCUUGGAAAGGACAUUAAAUAGUAUGGUUCAUGUCACAGCACUGCCAGGCUGGAGUUCAUACUCUGUCACAGUGGAGCCAUUCAUGAUUUGCAAGAAAUACUUAGCUGGGCUUCUUGAGGUCAUCUCAUCUUUUUAUGUUGAGUGGGGAGGCAAUGCCAUGUCUUUCAUGGGAAAAGGAGUUACCAAGAGUGCUGUCCUUUGUUUGCUUCACUUGUCCCAUGAAAUGAGUAUUCAGGCUCAAGAUGAGGAUUGGGUUUCACUCUGGUUCUUGCCAUAUGAUACCAGUGAAGAACAAGGUCAAUUUCGACAAGGCUUAGCAUGGCUCAUUCCAUUAUGGGUAGACAGAGACCCCGAGGUAAAGUUCACUUCACUUGCAAUAGGAUCAGCACUUACAUCACUAGACGUGGGCUGCUUCGCUUUAGCAGAAAGUUGCCAGAACAUAUCAGGAGGAUUAUGGGGAACUGUAAUUAACAUCCUUCUGGAUAAAUCCGAAUGCAGCAUGGUGCGAAGAGAGGCUGCAUUUAUUCUUCAGAAUCUUUUGGUUAUCCCACUGCCCAGUGAAGAGGCUAAAGACUCCAAUUGGCAGGGGCCUUGCGUACAUGAUGAAGCAACUGGUCUAUCCCUGUCUGGAAAACCUGCACUGCAGGCCUUGCUCUAUCAUUGCCACUUCUAUGAGCAUUUGAAUGAGAUGGUGAAGCUAUGCUACCUGGGUCGGUAUACAUUUGAUGUGGAUUUUUCCUUGGGAGAUCAGCUGGUAUCCCCAAAGAAUGGCAUGAAUGACUUUGAAGAUUCUCUUUCUGCUUGGGGAGUCCAGAAUGGUGGGAGCCGAUCUCCAAGUACUCAGUCAACUACUGAUACUUGGAUAAUUUCAGCACCAUCGUCACCAGGAUGUGCUAUGGACAUAGAAGCACCCUCUUUGCCAGCUAGUCUUAUUCAUGAUGCAUCAUUGAACCGACUUGUAACUCAAGGUCAGAGUGACAGAACCACAACAGCAUCUUCAAGUCCACAUGUUUUCCCAGAGUCUGACAUUAGACCUAAUCAGUGUAUGGCAGUCACGCCUCCUCUCCUUUCAGCUGUGUGUGGCGUGUUGGACAACCUGCUUGUUGUUACUCCAGUAGAGACGACAAUUGCUCUUCGGAGAGCACAGACACUAACUGCUCUCAGUAGUCUUGUAAAUUCUGCCUUGCUGGAGAGAUACAUCUUUGAAAUGAAAGCUCUUCUGCCUUGGCCAUCUCAUAAGGAAUAUUCCAAAAUGCAGGUUGGUUGUGGGUGCUUGGUUCCUGUUCCUUUCUACUCAUACAGCUGUUCCAGAGCUAUCAAACUGCCUGAGCUGUUAGUUAGUGGUAGAAUCCAGAAUAUAAGACCUGAAUUAUCAUCUGCAGUUCAUCAAACAUGGGAAGAUCUGCUUGUUUUUUUAGCUACCCUGUUCAGAAAAUGUGGCCAAAGUGCACUACCCUUUGUAUCUCUUGCGUUAGCAAAGCAUUGGGCUUCUGUAAUAGAUACACUAUGUGAAUGUAUCCAUCUUUCUACCAGACAACCAAGUUUGUGUACAGCCUCCUUAUAUUUCUUAGCCCUUCUUUUUGCUGAAGAAGGGAAAAGAGAGUUCAACAAUAAAGAGGACACUUGCUACCAGCCAACAGUGUCUUUCCUUCUUGAUGAAAAGAAGAACCAAUCAUCUGUAACCAAGCUAUGUGAAUUACUCAUUCAGACCUAUGAAGUAAACUCUUUUCAAGAUGUGGUAAAACGAGUUGCUGCCAGUGCCUUACUUCCCUUUUUAGCUGUUAGUAGAAGUGCCCAGAAAUGUGCCCUAGAAGCCAACCUCAUAGAGACCGGCUUGGAACAGAUGAAACAUGUUUACACAGAACUGAAUCUCGCUUCCUUGAAACUUGGAAAAGCAAACCAAAGAAAAAAGGAAGACAACCUCAGCAGAGAAUUAAAACUUGCCAUGCAGCUCCUAAGAAAUUGUUUAUUUCGAAAUGAAUCCUGCAAAGCAGCAGCCCUUGGAACUCACCUCAUUUCUAUUUUGCAUUCGUUGUGGCCUUGGCUUCUAAUGGACGAUUCCUUGAUGCAAGCAGCCUUGCAUUUGCUUUGUGUCUAUUCUGCAAACUAUCCUUCGGGCUGUGCUUCCCUAUGUGUGGCAAGUAGCAGCAUGUGCUCUUUCCAGACAACCCAAAGAACGGCAGCUGGGAACUCAUUUAUGCAUAACAUCAUGAAGUUAGCAACUCAAACUCUGUCUGAGAACAGCAUCAUUCAGCAGAUGACCUUUAAUCUUCUGGCAAACCUGGUUGUAUCUCAAGACUGCAAAGGGGUUCUUCAGAAGAACAAUUUUCUGCAGAAUUUUUUAUCACUAUCAUUGCCAAAAGGAGGAAAUAAAAGCCUCAGCAUGCUGGCUGUUGCUUGGAUAAAACUCUUACUGAAUUUAUCAUUUGGAGAAGAUGGGCAGCAAAUGAUUGUUAAAUUGAAUGGUGGCUUGGAUCAACUUAUAGAGAUGGCCAAAUAUAAACACAAAACCAAUCCAGAAAUGAUCCUUCUGAUUCUGCACAAUAUCUGCUUUAGUCCAGCCAACAAACCCAAGAUAUUAGCAAAUGAUAAAGCUGUUGCAUUGCUAUCUGCCUGUCUGGAAAGUGAUAGCCUUACAGCUCAGAGAAUAGGAGCAUCUGCAAUUUGGGCUUUGCUUCACAACUAUCAGAAGGCAAAAGUGACUUUGAAGAAUCCAUCAAUAAAAAGAAGGGUGGAUGAAGCUUUGAUGUCAGGAAAGAAAUGUCUUCAACAGCCACAAGAAAGUCAAGAAGAAACGUAUCACAUAAAGUGCCUGGAAACACUUGUACAGCUUCUCAGCAGUUGAUAGACACCAUGUUAACAGAGGGCAUAUCAAUUGGACUAGAUUUUCCAAAAGGCACGAGAACUAAAAUGGCAUAUUAAAUAUUAAAUCCCUCUUAUUGGAUUAUCUAUCAAGAAAAGGAACAUUUGCACAGUUUUUGACUUAACAGUAGAUGAUGUCAAUCUGAAGAAUGUAUAGUAAAUGCCACCAUGGAAAUGCUAUUCUAGCAUUAUGGUGUUACAGACUGAUAUAAGGAAGUAAUGAAGCAGCUAAUUGUAAAUUGUAAUUAUGUGAAUAUAUAUUUUUGCAAUGUUUGAGCUUGUAUUAAUAAAUAUGUUUUAAUAAU